GAGUUACAUGAACGUACCAACUCCUUACAAAGAGCAAUCUUUGAGAGAUUAAAUCUGACUUCAUGCAAAGAUGUUGACAGCAAGUGCACAAAUCCCAUCCAUAUCAGCCUUAAAACCCACUCAGCUGGCAUGAAAGUAUUAAAGAUGACUGGGAUCCAGUACCUGGCAUGUCUGUGGACUCUGUUCAUCACACAGACUGGAUUUGUGUGCAGUGACAUUCAGUUCUUGGAGAGGCAUGAGGGGGGAUCUGUGGUUCUUCCCUGUGUAGUUGACCAAAGAAACCCUUCGCCCUUCGGUGUCUACCUGAUGCGCAACUGGCUGAAACCCACGAGUGAAGUGCUGUUCAUGCACACCGGGAACGACGUCAGUGCAGAUAACCGCAUCAGUGUCAGUGGAGACCCGAGCAGCCAUUCUCUGAACGUGACCAUCUCUCAGCUGAGUGCCAGCGACACAGACCGCUACUACUGUGAGUUUCUGGCGAACAACCCUUUAGGUGAAGACGACCGAAUACGGGGGAAGACAGAAUUCUUCCUUCUUGUUAAUGAUGAUGCCCUUGGGCCAGUGGACAUUGGGUUGGUGGAGACAUGUUCUGGGGGCUCAGCCGUGCUCCCUUGCCUCCCCCCACACGGGGGGGCCUUGGCCGUGGAAGGGGUGAGUCUGAAGCGACAGAGGGGCCAGGCACCUGUGGAGGUGCUGUACCACUCAAAGCGUCACCACGGCGGCAGCCCUCCAUCCUCCUCCCUGUUCCCCGUCGAGAGGGUCCACCUGUCCUCGGCUCCCGGUCCCAGGGGCAUCGCCUACAACCUGACCCUGCAGCAGCUGCAGCCGGACGACAGCGGCCUGUACAGUUGCCAGCUGCUCCUCAGUGGCGGGCCCGACACCAGCACCACACUAGGAAGACAAGCACUCUUUGUUUCUGUGCAAGGAGGUCAGUGCGGCUGCUCCAGCUACUCCACUCUGCUAUAUGCUUUGUCCUCAGCUGUGGUCGUUCUCCUCCUCCUCAUCCUUGGAUUUGUGGUGAUUUAUAAAGGCAAAGCAAGCCGCAGCGUCAAGUCACACCCUCAGGCACCCAUUUACGAGGAGAUGACCGGGUUGCAGCCUGUCAGUCGAAAACUGGCCCCCCGCCAUCUGGAGGAAACUGAGUCUUCCGAGUACAGAAACUGCUCCGUGAAGAGAUCCGGUACUGAAAACCAUUACGAAAGCCCCAUUGGGGCCCUGAGCCCCAGGAGUGAGUCUUGAAAUGAAAUAUUAGACCUUGUCACCAGCAUCAGGAACUAGACUAACUCAUCAACUCGGCUGCCUGAAACUCACUGAAUUCCAAUUAGCACUCUGAAGUUUCUCUAACAGAUUUUAACAGACACGUUCACGCGUUUUGGUAACAAAGUUAUGUCACUGUUUAUAAUAUUGUUAAUGGACAUUUCACUGUUUCUCACCAAGUAUAACAAACAUGUUGUAAGCAUUUCCUUCCUCAUAAAAUAUUUCUUGAAGUUAUCGCCACUAACAGUCAAUCAGCAGAAUAGUGUAAAGAAGUCGGCACCAGGUCACAUGCAUUAGUGUCAUGCUUGUAGGCUACACAAGAAUCUAACGAAAUGGGUACCCAUUUUUAAAAAUGUUGCUCCACAGUGCUACACUUUUUGUUAAAAAUUGUAAUGCAUUGAGAAGUUAAUAAAAACGUUAAAAAAUAA